AUGGGUGGCGCGGUAUCUGUCCUCGGCGAUUCAGCAUCAAACUCGAACUACAGGUAUGGUGAGUCCACGGACGCUCAGGGUGGCAAGGUCGAAGACGUGAUGUCCUGGAUUGGCACGAGGCUGGAUAUGCCGCCAAAACCCUUCAGUGUGGAGAACUACUUCGAGCUGCAGAAUAUCGUCGGUACGGGCAUGCUGGGAAAGGUGCGUCUCGUUCGGCACAAGCGGUCAAGUCUUUACUACAUUCUCAAGUCGAUCAAAAAGAAGGAUGUGAUCGUAAAGAAGAUGAUCCCGCAACUUGAAGCCGAGCGCGACGCGAUGCAGCAGAUGACGGCGAUUCGGCAUCCGUUCAGUGUCCGGUUCUUCGGCAGUUUGGCCACUUCAUCGCACGUGCACUUCCUGAUGGAGUAUGCGCCAGGUGGCGAGCUUUUCCAUCGCCUACACAACGUCGGACGCCUAUCCAACGACGAGGCCAAGUUUUACGCCACGGAGCUCGUCGUAUUCAUCGAUGCGUGUCACUCCAAUGGCUUCAUGUAUCGAGACGUCAAGCCUGAGAAUAUCUUGCUGGACGCUGGCGGGCACAUCAAGGUGGUGGAUUUCGGCUUUGCCAAGCAGAUUCGCAGUCCCAACGAUCGGACCUCGUCCAGUGUGGGGACGCCGCAGUAUUUGGCGCCCGAGCAGCUCACGCUAUCUCACAAGGCACGCAACUACUCGCGAAUCGUGGACUGGUGGGCGUUCGCCUGUGUGGUGUACGAACUGGUGAGCGGCUCGCCGCCGUUCACGUCUCGACGCAACGAGUCCCACUUCGAGCUGUACAACCGCAUUCUCUCGGGCAAGAUCUACUGGCCGCGGUACAUGCAGAGCGCGUUGAAGGACCUGCUGCGGAGCAUGUUGCAGAGCGACCCUGCUAAGCGACUGAGCGACGUCAGCGCCAUUAAGGAGCACGCGUGGUUCGAGAACGUGGACUGGGACGCCGUCCCGCUCCGCCAAGUCGUCGCGCCGCACAUCCCGACAUUGACUUGUCCCGGUGACACGUCCAACUUCGACGACUACCCGAGCUCGAGCGAGGAGACGCCGCCGCUAGACACCGAUGCGUCUCGGCAUGAGUUCCUCAAUUUUUGA